AUUCCAGUCAAUUUUUUGAAUGACAGCUAUUUAACUAGCAGCUCAGCCACAGACUCAGAGUGGGUGGUGGGUUAGGUGUCACGUCCCAGUCUGGUGGUCUUUAUUUACAAACACCUUUACAGGCUACACAACAACUCUUUAAACCACAGUCAUGAACCUGAAUGCACCACAGAACAAAAGGUUUAGGUUUCACAGAGAAACAGGAGCGGGUCAGUGAACUCAGCACAGCAGGCCAGCUGUCUCCCCAGAGUCUGACUGCACUGACCCAUCAACCCAGCGACCUCCACCUAAAUGAUGAAGUCAAGCUGAGCUCCACCAGUAACGUCUCGGUGAUGUGUUUAAGUGUUUCCUGUCAUGAGUGGAAUUUGUAGUUGUGGUUGUACGGGAGAUGGGAGGUGUAGAUGUUCUCCACCUGGCCGCGUGCAUGCUGAUGGAGGCUUCUCUGUUUCCAGUGAUUUCCGCUUUUAAUCUCUAUUCAAUCAUCUUUAUUCAGCAGCAGCCCAGUCACGCCGUUUUACACGAAUGCAUAACAUCUACAACACACGUUACAUCUCGACGUCUCGCGAUGUUUCUUCCGGGUGACGUCACUCCGGAUGAGAUUUCUGUCCAAACACAGAUGGUGUCGCCCUGAUCGUCCAUGUGGCUCCAGGUCUGCUGAAAAAGCCUCACACCGUGAUCGGAACUUAUUUAAUUUUAUUAUAUCUGACGAGCCGACCCGCUCUGAGAGGACCCGGAAAUGCAGCACGACGACGUGAUCUGGGACAUCAUUGGAAACACGCAGUUCUGCUCCUUCAAAGUGAAGACCAAGAGUCAGAACUUCUGCCGGAAUGAGUACAACAUCACGGGUCUGUGUAACCGCUCGUCCUGCCCGCUCGCCAACAGCCAGUACGCCACCAUCAGGGAGGAGAAAGGUCAGUGCUUCCUCUACAUGAAGGUCAUCGAGAGGGCGGCUUUUCCUGCCAGGAUGUGGGAGAAGGUGAAGCUCAGUAAGAACUACGAGAAGGCUCUGGAACAGAUCGAUGAGAACUUGAUCUACUGGCCUCGGUUCAUCCGACACAAAUGCAAACAGAGGUUCACCAAAAUCACCCAGUACCUGAUCCGCAUGCGCAAACUGGUCCUCAAGAGGCAGAGGAAGCUGGUUCCUCUCAGCAGGAAGGUGGAGACCAGAGAGAGGAGGAAAGAGGAGAAGGCUCUGAUUGCUGCUCAGCUGGAUAACGCCAUCGAGAAGGAGCUGCUGGAGCGACUUAAACAGGGAACGUACGGAGACAUCUACAACUUCCCCGUGCACGCCUUCGACCGAGCGCUGGAGCAGCAGGACCAGGAGAGCGAGUCAGAGGAGGAAGAAGAGGAGGAGGAGGACGACGAGGACGUCGGGCAGAGAGAGUUCGUAGCAGAAGAAGAAGUGGAGGAAAGCGACCUGAGCGACUUCGAGGACAUGAACAAGCUGAGGACGAGCAGCGAUGAGGAGGAGCAGGACGAGUCCAGCGAGGAGGAGGAUGAAGAGGAGAUGGAGGUGCAGACGAAGGCUUCGCGGUCUAAAGGCAAAUCUCCGGCGAACGGCUCGGCGGCGAGGAAGAAGCGAGCGUACGUGGAGAUCGAGUACGAGCAGGAGACAGAGCCCGCCUCCAAGAGCAGAGCCACGUAGUGAUGCUGUGCCCUCGAAGCAAACUCGGACUGCUGAGGACACACCCCCUCACCCUGUGUUACCACGGCAACAUGCAGCAGCUGAGGGGAUUGUCCGAUCAGCUGUUCUGUUCAUGUUCAAAGUCUUGCUCGGCUGGAAGUCAUGUGACCAGCACAGAAAGACACUGAUAGGCCCGCAGCUGAUCACAAUAUUAACUGGCCUUUGAUAAUCAAACAGCCUUUAAAAGAAUGUUGAUCAGAAUGAAUUUUCCCGUUUCACACUUUAAAGACGAAUCCACAACUCGCUGCAUGUGUGAUCACAUGACUGCUGCUUUCACUUUAAACAUGAGCAGGAAGUGGAGCCGUGAGGAAGCACCCACAGUGACGUGAACGACGACGGAGAGAAGACGGACGUGAAUGUUUUUCUAAACGCUGUAAACAUUUUUGUUUGAAAUAAAAAUAAACUUCCUGCUUUGAAGCUUUUGUUUCUGUAAAUAUGGAAAAAAUGUGAACUUUGAAUGCAGUGAAUUUUAGUUGUAAGUGAAUUUAAUGUUAACUGAGAUAAAGAAAAGUCCAAAGCACCGCCCUCUGCAGGCAGACAGAAGAAUUACAGUUGAACACAAGAGCAGGGAGUCAUCGGCGUAUAUACAGCAUAUAUAUAGUUUAUUUACAAAGAACUGAGUCUCCACAGUUGGACAAUGACAGCUUCAGCUGAAGAGAAUCAUUGCAAACAAUCAAAAAAAUCAGAAUAAGCUUUUUUAAUUUUAGCAGAUUUCUGAAAAAUGAACAGACAGAAAAACUGCGACUCCAUCACCUGAUCUCCACCUCACUGUUAAAGUUGCACAUGCUUCAGCCAAACAGCAGCGCCUCCCUCAGGCUCAGACGAUUUUGCUACGAGCACACGAAAAAAUAAAAAGGACGUCAGCUGUAGUUUAACCUGAUUUCGCUGCAUCGUCUUCUCAUUAAUAAAUAGAGAUUAAGACUGAACAGCGUAAUGACUGAGUUUUUCCCAUUUUGCAUAAGAAGUCUUGUGUAAUAUUUUUGGACCCUGAGCGCUUUGGCGAGGGAAGCUGAAGGCGCCAAUCCUGGUGACGCCUCGCAGACUUUUUGGUCGCUGCAGAGUAAAAACAAACUUCAGGGUUUUUUUUAUUGUGGCGACUUUGGGUCGAUCAGAAAAAAACAAACACAGGACGCCUGAAACGCUUCAUGUUUGUUUACACCGCAUAAAGGUUUUAUUGUUAAAUCACUCAUCAUAGUUAGAGCACGCUGCUGUCCACCAAUCAGACGACAGCAGAGGGUAAAGUCACAUGAUUGUGCCCCGUUCAGACAGAUGUGGACACGUCACACCCAGAUGCUGAGGUGACAUUUUUACUUCAUACAGAGUGACCUCAGCGCGAGCAGUGACAUGAUGACAAAAUUCACCGAUUAAGAGAUCUGCUGAGUGACGCCGUGUUAAAUCUACAUAAACUAGAUAAUCUAUCAUUUCUUUUGUUUUCCUGGCUUUAACCAGUCGACUUUUUCUGGGUCAUCAUUCACUUUAAUACUAAAAAAAAAA